CGAGAGACCCCACCGUUAGCAAGUCAUACAGAGACAGCACACCUCCGGCUGUUCAAUGGCAUCACGACUCGAGCAUCUCGCCCAGCCUAAACCCAACCUACUCAAAUUCCCUGACAGGCCCUCUGUAUACUGGUUGGAUGAGCUUCCAGUGAAAUCAAAAUGCUCCUCUGCCUUUGAGCUCACAUCACGUUCUUCCCAGCUGUCAGAGAGGAGAAAGAUUAGCACUCGCUAUGAGGACAACAGAGAGUCACCUGAGUGGAAAGUGAGCGCAUCUGCGUUAAAGGCUCAUCCCUCUGAAAGAGUGUGUUCACUCGCUCGACCCCGUCAGCCUGCAGUCGGUUGGCAACCUGAUCGCCACCUAUUGCCCACAUUCAGUAUAGGAGUAAGAGCUAAGGCUAAAGCGAGUGCUCGGAUCUGCCAGCUAGCUCAUCCUAAACAGACAAGAGUGGCACAGAGUUCAUCACUCAACAGCACUGAUAGCUAUUUGACUCCACAAGCCAAGCCUUCUUCCCGUAUACACCUCCUGGCUCUUCCUAAAAAGGACCAUCCUCUAUAUCGUCCAGAACGACCUGCGUCAUCAACCAUGCCAAAGUCAGUCCUGAAGGCUAUAGCCAGUGAGAGGCUACAGAUGCUGGCGGGACCAAAGCCCCGCAAACCUCUUUUCGAGGGCUUCGACCCGUACGAAGUGAGCUCGGCUGCUCGUGCUGCUACCGCAUCUCCAAGAAUACAGGAACUAUCACUGCCUCCAGCACGGAGGUGCAGGACGAAAUCAGCCCAAGAUGAGUGUAACCAUGUGUGAAAAAUCUAUGCAAUAAAUAUAUUAGCCCAUGUCAUCUCUCUCUCAGUUAUAUUAUUAAAAGUGCAAUAAAUGUAUGAAAUGUCACAACCAGCUCAUUCACUCUUCAUAUUCAUUAGUUACUUAAGCAUCUCUAACAUCAACGUCUAGCGUGAUAUGAAUUGGUACUGUAGAUUUAUAUACACUAAUGACUCGUUACUAUUCAGAGUAAGGCGAGUGAGUAAGAGAUGCUUUUUUCUUCAGACAAGAACUGCUCCUCGAAGGGCACUAUUCAUUAAUUGCUUGCAAUCUUUCCAGUCUCAUCUAGGCUUUUAUGCAAAAUGAUAUGGUCAUCAGUUCAUGAAAAGUAGAAUCAAAUGAAGACUAUGGAUUUGCUCCUCUGUAAUUGUAAGUGUGACAUAUCCAUCCUAAUCUCUUUCAAUAAA